CAUACCAUCUCCAUGGCAACAGUGGGAGCUGGGGGGCAGGGCCUGCGGGGACUCAUCAUCGGAUUUAACCGCCCCCGCCUUCGCCUGUCAAUUCGGGAGAGGCCGCGUUCGAUUGGCUCCUGUCACGGAGAAGUCCCGCCCCCGCUUCCGGCCUGCCGGGCAGCAGAUGGCUUGGUGAAAGUUCAGGUGGCUUUGGGGACCGUUGCAAGCAAAAGAGAGAGGAUUAAAAUUUUGUAUAAGAAAAUUGAAGAUUUAAUAAAAUACCUGGAUCCUCAGUACAUUGAUUGAAUGGCUGUUCCCAAUGCCAUGAAACUGCAGUUCAUCUUAGCAGCUGCUCCUGACCGUGCUGCCAAGCUGCAGCGACUUGCUCAAAUCCACAUACAGCAGCAGGCAGUCGGAGUUCAUUACAAGCAACAAGUCCAAGAUAAUGAAACACCGGAUGUAUCAACAUCUGCACGCAGACAUCGGGACCAUGUUUGGCGGCAUGCUGCACACAGUUAAAGAAAUCAUGGAGAAGAGCUACACCCCAGGAGAGAUGUGCCACCAGUGAUUCCAUUGAAAUGUCACAGACAUAUGAACUUGGCAGAACAGAGGGGAGACCAUCACCGGAGACCAUUGUUCUUUUCUUUUGCAAACCUUCCAGCUACUAUUUCACAAGUAGAGCACAUCUGUCCACUCUGUGGAUUCUCUUGCACUGCUUUCAAAUGCCCUUAUUCAAAAACCUUCUCAAGAACCAGUUCUUCAGUGAUGGACCUACAGCAUUAGCCCACGAAUUAAAGGUCGGUUGAGGGGCAGCCAGGUAUGGAGAAUAUGCAUUUUGACAAGCUGUUCUGCUCUGAUGAGUCAUUGGAGUGGGGGACUGGACCCAGUGUCCCUAUGGCUCAGUGGGUCACAGCUGACUGUGCCAAAUUCCGGACAAACCCCUGUGAAAUAGGGCAGACUCACCGCAAACUGGUGGUGGCUCUCUUACUGGAGCAUACCAAACUAGUAACAAAAGUAAACUUCUUCUGUCUCGCCACGCUGGUCAACAAGAAGUCAAAAAUGCAGUGUCCUCAGACACUCCAGCCCUUGUCUCACCAUCCAGAUACUGGAUUCUAUGAUGAGUGAUUACCGAAGACCAAUUUAAUCAAAUAUAGGGUCCUUCUAAUCUCAAGAGAUCAGCCACUUAGCCUGGUCAAUAUAUACCUCAGAUCUUACCCAAUAAUCACGCUGAUUCCAAUCCUUGAGUAACUAAAAACUAAAGUUUAAUCAUAAAAGAAGAAGAAGAAAGUUGGCAAUUAUUUGUAUGUGUAUGAUUUAUUAACUAUUAACAAGUCCUUAUAUCAGGUUUGCAGCAGUGAUGGAAUAGACUGCUGGCUUGGAAAGUCUCUCUCUGGUAACUUCCAAAAGAUUGGAAGGUCUUCAGGCCAUAGUUCAAAAUGCUCUUUUUAGUUGUAAAUCCAGUCCAGAGGAUCAGGGCAGGAAAGAGGCAAAAUGGUGAUAGCUCCGGGGUCUUUUAUAGCCUUUGCCACAUGCCUGGAAAUGCACUGUCUCUACUUGGGGAAAGGUACUGGCCUAAGAUGGAGUCCAGGGUCAAAUGAGCAAAUCACAUGUCCUUACGUAGCUUGAUGACUCUCGGGGUAGCCAUUGCCCAUAUUCUUGCUGAGGUGUCCACAGGAAGAACUAUCUGGGUGGAGUGAGUUUCUUCUAUGUCCCAUUGUGAGAGCUAAGUGUCCUUGAUGUGCCAUCAAUAGAUAGCUGUCUGGUCUUAAUGUCUAUUUUACCUGGUGGCUGUUCCCUAGGAAUACAAUGCGUAUGUAUGAUGCUAGUACAUAGCCAAUAUUCAUAACUUCUGAUACAAAAAUGAUAGAUGCGUAUAAACAGGAUCAUCAGACUUAGCAAAUCAGAAUUUUUCCACUGACACCUUAUGUGACCUACUUUGUAGAAGAUUUGAGGCAAUAUAAAUGUUAUAAAUGGUCAUCUUAUUACACAGCGUCACACCCAGGUCUCUCGCCUCCCAGGUAGACUCCCUAACCAUUAGACUACAGACUCAUUCUCAGUUUACAAUUCAGCACAUCUCCAAGCCACUCUCUCCCUCUGGGCAAUGUAACUAGUGCCCCAGAGGAUUUUGCUAUGGGCAUGGCUACACUCAAAACUUCAAAGCGCUACCGUGGGAGCGCUCCUGCGGCAGUGCUUUGAAGUGUGAGUGUGGUCACGCGCCAGUGCUGGGAGAGAGUGCUCCUGGUACUCCACCUCCACGAGGGGCACUGUUUACACUGGCACGUUACAGCGCUAUAACUUGCUAUGCUCGGGGGGGGGGGAGUGUUUUUUUCACACCCCUGGGCAAGAAUGUUGCAGCGCUGUAAAGUGCCCGUGUAGCCAGAGCCUUUAUCUGAGUAUCCGCCUUUUUAACUUUUUCAACUGGAAUUGUACAGUGGGAAAAGUCAAGAAGAGAGACUUGCUUUGUAUGUUCUGUUUACAAGCUAUCAGGCCUCUUCUCUUAACAACUCUGCACCAGCUUAAGGAAGUCUUUUCAGCUGAGGUGGUAAUUUUAUCACUACUAACACUAUUCGUUUCUAUAGUACUUUGUGUCUGAAUACCUCAAAGUUCUUUACAAAUAACAGCUAAUUAGGUAACUCCCUUCUCUUCAUGUGUCAGUAUAAUAGUGCCUGUAUCUCUAAUUUUCACCCCAUGCAGCAGAAGAACUGGGUUUUUUACCCCCGAAAGCUUAUGCCUAAAUAAAUCUAUUUAGUCUUUAA